AUGCGCAACGGCCGGCGCGACGACUCGUACCAGCGGUGGCGCUGGCAGCCGUCCUCCUGCGACCUCCCCAGGUUCGACGCGCGGGCGCUGCUGGAGCGGCUGCGGAACAAGAGGCUGAUGUUCGUGGGGGACUCGCUGAACCGGAACCAGUGGGAGUCGAUGGUGUGCCUGGUGUCGUCGGCGAUCCCCGCGCGGGACCAAAGGUCCCUGGCCAAGUUCGUCGGCCCGAACGGGUCGCUCAACGUGUUCAGGGCGGCGGAGUACAACGCGACGGUGGAGUUCUACUGGGCGCCGUUCCUGGUGAGCUCCAACUCGGACGACCCGCAGGCGCACAGCGUGGCGGACCGCGUGAUCGCGUGGCGGUCCAUCGCCAAGCACGCCCGGCACUGGCGCGCCGCCGACUUGCUCGUCUUCAACACCUACAUCUGGUGGCUCAACAACUUCGAGAUGAAAGUGCUGAAGAACCCUCGGGCGAUGCCGGACAAGUACACGGUGGUGGACCGGCCGGUGGCGUACAAGGAGGUGCUCAAGACGUGGGCCAAGUGGGUGGACCGGCACGUCGACCCCGGCCGGACCAAGGUCUUCUUCAUGGGCAUGUCGCCCAACCAUGGCGUGCCGGACGCGUGGGGCGGGGGGCCGGGCGCGAUCAAGUGCGCCAUGGAGACGCAGCCGAUCCUCAACCACACGGGCCCGCUCUACGUCGGCACCGACUGGCGGCUGCACGGCGCCGCGGAGGCGGUGCUGCGGUCCAUGCGCCGCGUGCCGGUGCACCUCGUCGACAUCACCGCGCUCUCCGAGUUCCGCAAGGACGCGCACACCUCCGUGCACACGCUGCGGCAGGGCAAGCUGCUGACCCCCGAGCAGCAGGCCGACCCGCGCGCCUACGCCGACUGCAUCCACUGGUGCCUCCCCGGCCUCCCCGACACCUGGAACCACUUCCUCUACGCCCAGAUCGUCGCCGCCCCUCCGCCGCCGGCGCAAAUGCAGCUGCUACAGUCGUCGUCGUCGUCGUCAUCGUCGUAG